AUGGCAGAAUUACGAACAUGUGCCGUCGGUAAAACAUGUCUCCUCAUCAGUUAUACAACGAAUGCCUUCCCAGGAGAAUACAUACCUACAGUGUUCGACAACUAUUCGGCGAAUGUGAUGGUGGACGGGAAGCCAAUCAACCUGGGUCUCUGGGAUACGGCUGGACAGGAGGACUACGAUAGGCUGCGACCACUCUCCUACCCGCAGACGGAUGUCUUUUUAAUAUGCUUCUCGCUUGUCAACCCUGCCUCCUUCGAAAACGUCCGCGCUAAGUGGUACCCUGAAGUGAGGCAUCACUGUCCGUCGACCCCCAUCAUCCUUGUGGGAACUAAGCUCGAUCUCCGUGAAGACAAGGACACCAUUGAGAAGUUGAAGGACAAGAAACUUGCUCCCAUCACCUGGUCACAGGGCCUAAGCAUGUCCAAGGAGAUUGGUGCAGUGAAGUACCUAGAGUGUUCGGCGCUGACGCAAAAGGGCUUGAAGACUGUAUUUGAUGAGGCGAUACGAGCGGUACUCUGUCCCGUACAACCGCCGAAGAAGAAAAAGCCAACCUGUAAUAUCCUAUAA